UGGAUUGAAUGUUGACAGUAUGAAAGCUGAUGCUGAGGUGAUGGGCUUAAAUGGUGGCAGUGGUGGUGGUAAUAGAUUGGAUUGUGUGAGUGGCGGUCAAAAGUAUAUGCGAACUGGCUUAAUCAGCACGAUGCCGAAGAAACAACAGUUGCAACUACAUCUGCAACAACAACAACAGCAGCAACAGCAACAUUUCGGCAACGCCGGCACAACGUCAGCGGCAACAACAACGAAACCCAAGUACAGUUUAACGCUACUGAAUAUGAAAAGUGGCAGCCAUCAUCAGCCGCAUAACAACAACAACAGCAGUAACAUUAAUAACAACAACAAUCAUAAUAAUAAUACAAGUCUGGGCGGUGUGGUGGGCAACGGUGUUGGCAACUGUCAGUUGCAUCCAUACCGCAAAUCACCACAUCCGCAUCUACAGCCGCAAUACGCUUACUACCAACAACAACAACAACAACAACAACAGGAGCAGCGGCAAACACAACAUUUGCCACAAAGCAAGCGCGAACAACAACAGCAACGACAGCAAAUGUCACAAUCAUACUAUCAUCCGCCGCCACCACCACGUCAUCAGUUGCGUGUUUUGCGGCUCUCGUCAGCACCCACAGGCACGCCAGAAGCUACAUCAGCAACAGGAACAGCAAUUGCAACAAAGGCAACAGCAGCUGCAGGCACAGCUACCGUAAAUGGUGUGGUGGCACGUCGUGAGGUUGGUGGCGAUAGAACUAGUGGGGAAUUCAAUCAACGCAAUUCCGCACACUCGGAACAGAUGCUCGCUUUGACGCCAACCACUGGUACUACACCAACAAUGGCGGCAGGAACAACAAACACAUUCGAAGGUAUUUCUAAACAGUUACCAGAUACAACUACAGUGGGGUGUGUUGAUGAUAGUAGUGACAGCUCAGUUGAACCAAUAAUAGAGGCAGCUCAAGGAGCAGUAGCAGCGACAGCAACCGCAACAACAACAGCAGAUGCAACAACGCCUAACGCCGAAACACCCACAACCGAUGGACCGAUGUCAAAUGUUUCACGUGUAAAUCAGCAACAACAACAACAACAACUUUUACAAUUACAACAACAACAAAAAGCAAAUAGGCUGUGGUAUCAUUGAUGAAAAACCAAUAGUAUUGAGCACUUAUUUCUCUUUCUACGCAAAGACAACAGAUCGAAAAUAAUAUGCCUGUGAAUUCUUACACUUACAACACAUAUACGAGUACAUACAUAUUGAUGUAGUUUGCACUUAGAAAAGGAGGAAAAAUAGCUCACCAAGCUGUGUAUGCACCGAAAAAUUAGCUUGGAGUAAAAGCAAAACACUCACAUGUAAGUCAUAAGCCGAAACUGACAAAAAACCAAGAAAAAAAAUACUAAAUAGAAAGCAAACACACCGAACAACAAAACAAAGCACAUUAAAUAGAAAAAUAAAAUCAACUGCAAAGGAAAAUGCAUGCAAAAGGAUAUGGAAAUUUGGUGUGAGAACUAGUGCCCGCUAAUGAAAAAGAUUUGAGGAAAAAAUUCGAAAAACAAAAAACGAAGAGCUCAGCAGCAAUGCAAACCGAACAGAAAUCAUAUGUAGCAAAUAGUUGUAGAAAGGACACGAUUGCAAGGAAGGCAAGAAACGCGUAGUGUGAAUUAAUUGAAAUGAAAUGCCAACGAAAUUGAAAAAUUAUGCAUAGAAAGUUAAAAAUCAAGAAAGCAAAUACUUACAUAAGUAACGAACGCAGUGCGAAAAGUUGCGAAAGCAAAGAAAAUUGCAUAAGAAAGUGUGAAUAUACAUACAUACAUAUGUCGAUAAUGUUAGGAAAUAGAGCAGAAAUAUUUACUUGUAAAUAUUUAAUAGCAAAGAGAGUCAUAUAGAAUAUUUAGAACAACAAAAAAUGAGUUAAAAAAUUUAAAGUGGAGAUUAAAAGGAAAAACGUAAAAAUUAGGAAUACUUAUGUAGAAAGGACUCGCUCGCUUUUUGGUUGCACGCUCCUUUUUUCGUUUUUGUUACAAAACAAAUGUAUUUUUAGCUAAAUUUUAACGAGCAUAAGAUACUACCAAAUUUUAGCGUAAAAAAUGUUAAGAAAAAAAGCAAAAAAAAAUAAUGAAUAAAAUUAAUUUAAAUUAAUUAAUAUGCAGUAAUUGAGAAAACAAGGUGAUUUAGCGCAGCACUCAAACACUAUUACAGGUAAGAUUUUAGAUAAUACUAUACACCGAACGACAUACAUAUGUACAUAAAGAUAUAUACGUAUAUACAUACACUAAAGCGAAAGAAA